CAGAGCCAAUGGGAGGCGUGGGCAGAGCGGCCCCGCCCCCAAGGGCGCUGUGGGCUCCGGCCCCAGGGGCGUGAGCGCCAUUUUGGCUGGUGCUGGGCAGCGUCGUGGGAGCGCUGGAGCAGAGGCUGUGGUGUGCGCGGGCAGCGCUGCGGGACUCUGAGAGAGGAGCACACCUGGCACCUGGUGACCCCCGACGUGAUUUCUUGGGACGAGGAAGAGUCAGGCAGCGGAUGGCAGGAGGAAGCAGGGCUCUGGCCUGCUGGUGAAGGGAGCCAGGCCUACAUUAGAGUGUAUCUUCUGUGGAGAAGCAGUGCUUCGUUCUUAAAGGGACAGAGUGCAUUUGUAAGAGCAGUGACCUCGUGCUCCACUAACAUGGCCUCAGAGAAGGACCUAGACAAGAGCUGGGAGGAGAAGCAGUGCCCGGAGAGUAAGAUGGAGCAGACCAAGUGCAGCCUGAAGAAUGAGGAGAAAGAUCUCAAGACAGAGAAUGACGAUGAGGGGAAUGAUGACUGUGAUGAUGUUGAGUAUGAGGAUGAUGUUCAGGGUGAAGAUGACCAUGAUGAGGAGGAGGAAUAUGAAGAAGAGAUUGAGUUGCUCUCAGCCCCCUCUAUGCCAGUCAAGCAGCUGCCUCAGUGUCCUGAAUGUGGGCAGAGCUUCAAAAGGCACUACAGGUUGAUUGAACACCGCCGAAGCCACACGGGCGAGAAGCCCUUCAGCUGUGCUGACUGUGACAAGAGAUUCACACAGUUCUCACAGCUAAUUGCCCACCGCCGAACCCACACGGGCGAGAAGCCCUUCAGCUGUGCUGACUGUGACAAGAGAUUCAUGAGGCGCUCAAACCUCAUUGUCCACCGCCGAACCCACACGGGCGAGAAACCCUUCAGCUGUGCUGACUGUGCCAAGAGAUUCACACAGCUCUCACAGCUAAUUGUCCACCGCCGAACCCACACGGGCGAGAAACCCUUCAGCUGUGCUGACUGUGCCAAGAGAUUCACACAGCUCUCACAGCUAAUUGUCCACCGCCGAACCCACACGGGCGAGAAGCCCUUCAGCUGUGCUGACUGUGACAAGAGAUUCAUGAGGCGCUCAAACCUCACUUCCCACCGCCGAACUCACACGGGCGAGAAACCCUUCAGCUGUGCUGACUGUGACAAGAGAUUCACACAGCUCUCACAGCUCAUUGUCCACCGCCGAACCCACACGGGCGAGAAACCCUUCAGCUGUGCUGACUGUGACAAGAGAUUCACACAGCUCUCACAGCUAAUUGUCCACCGCCGAACCCACACGGGCGAGAAGCCCUUCAGCUGUGCUGACUGUGACAAGAGAUUCAUGAGACGCUCACACCUCACUUCCCACCGCCGAACCCACACGGGCGAGAAACCCUUCAGCUGUGCUGACUGUGACAAGAGAUUCACAGAGCUCUCACAGCUAAUUGUCCACCGCCGAAUCCACACGGGCGAGAAGCCCUUCAGCUGUGCUGACUGUGACAAGAGAUUCACACAGCGCUCAAAUCUCAUUGCCCACCGCCGAAGCCACACGGGCGAGAAGCCCUUCAGCUGUGCUGACUGUGACAAGAGAUUCACACAGCGCUCAAACCUCACUUCCCACCGCCGAACUCACACGGGCGAGAAGCCCUUCAGCUGUGCUGACUGUGACAUGAGAUUCACAGAGCGCUCCAGUCUGGUUAGACACCGCCGAAUCCACACGGGCGAGAAGCCCUUCAGCUGUGCUGACUGCAGCAAGAGUUUCACUCACAAGUCUGCCCUCACCCAGCACGGCAGUGUGCACACCACUGAGAAGUCCUUCAGCUGUGGGGACUGUGGAAAGACCUUCAAACGCAGCUCCACUCUCACCAUCCACCGCCGCACGCACACCAGAGAGCACCUGUACCCCUGUGCAGAGUGUGGCAAGAGCUUCACCACGAGCUCACAGUUGAUCCAGCACAGACUCAUCCACAGCUGUGAGAAACCCUACAGCUGCCGGGACUGUGGCAAGACCUUCACCCAGAACUAUCACCUCACCCAGCACCGUCGUGUCCACAGCGGUGAGAAGCCCUUCACCUGCUCUGACUGUGGCAAGAGCUUCACUUAUGGCUCUGCCCUCACCAAGCAUCGUCGUGUCCACAGUGGUGAGAAGUCCUUCAGCUGCUCUGACUGCAGCAAGAGCUUCACCUGCAGCUCUGACCUCACCAAGCACUAUCGUGUCCACAGCAGUGAGAAGCCCUUCAGCUGCUCUGACUGCGGGGAAACAUUCACACAGCACUCACACCUCAUUGUCCAUCGCCGAAUCCACACGGGCGAGAAACCCUUCAGCUGUGCUGACUGUGACAAGAGAUUCACACAGCUCUCACAGCUAAUUGCCCACUGCCCAAUCCACACGGGUGAGAAGCCCUUCAGCUGUGCUGACUGUGACAAGAGAUUCAUGAGGCGCUCAAACCUCAUUGCCCACCGCCGAACCCACACGGGUGAGAAGCCCUUCAUCUGCUGUGACAUGAGAUUCACACAGCACUCACACCUCAUUGUCCAUCGCCGAAUCCACACGGGCGAGAAACCCUUCAGCUGUGCUGACUGCAGCAAGAGUUUCACUCACAAGUCUGCCCUCACCCAGCACGGCAGUGUGCACACCACUGAGAAGUCCUUCAGCUGUGGGGACUGUGGAAAGACCUUCAAACGCAGCUCCACUCUCACCAUCCACCGCCGCAUGCACACCAGAGAGAACCUGUACCCCUGUGCAGAGUGCAGCAAGAGCUUCACCACGAGCUCAAAGUUGAUCCAGCACAGACUCAUCCACAGUGGUGAGAAACCCUACAGCUGCAGGGACUGUGGCAAGACCUUCACCCAGAGCCAUCACCUCACCCAGCACCGUUGUGUCCACAGCAGUGAGAAGCCCUUCACCUGCUCUGACUGCAGCAAGAGCUUCACCUGCAGCUCUGCCCUCAUUGACCACCGCCGAACCCACACUGGCGAGAAGCCGCUCAGCUGUGCUGACUGUGGGAAGAGCUUCACACUGCGCUCAAACCUCACUGUCCACAGCCGAAUCCACACCGGCGAGAAGCCUUUUAGCUGUGCUGACUAUGGCAGGAGCUUCACACUGCACUCUAACCUCAUUGCCCAUCGCCAAAUCCACACUGGCAAGAAGCCCUACAGCUGUCCCAACAGCUUCAUGCAUCACUCAUGCCUCAUUAACCACCAUAGAAUCCACACGGGCGAGAAGCCCUUCAGCUGUGCUGCCUGCGGCAAGAGUUUCACUCAGAAGUCUGCCCUCAGCCAGCACUGCAGUGUCCAUACCACUGAGAAGUCCUUCAGCUGCAGAGACUGCGGCAAGAGCUUCAAACACAGCUCAGAUCUCACCAUCCACCGCCGCAUCCACACCAGAGAGAAGCUGUUCCCCUGUGCAGAGUGAGGCAAGAGCUUCACCAUGAGCUACAGAUACAUCCAACACAGACUCAUCCACAGCAGUGAGAAACCCUACACCUGCUCUGACUGCGGCAAGAGCUUCACUCAAAGCAGCAGUCUCAGUUACCACCGCCGGCUCCACAGGGGCGGGAAGCCCUUCAGCUGUGCUGACUGUGACAAGAGAUUCACUCGGCGCUCAAGCCUCAUUAGACACCGCCGAAUCCACACGGGCGAGAAGCCCUUCAGCUGUGCUUACUGUGACAAGAGAUUCACACAGCGCUCAAGCCUCAUUAGACACCGCCGAAUCCACACGGGCGAGAAGCUCUUCAGCUGUGCUGACUGUGACAAGAGAUUCACACAGCACUCGAGCCUCAUUGUCCACCGCCGAAGCCACACGGGCGAGAAGCCCUUCAGCUGUGCUGACUGUGACAAGAGAUUCACAUAUCGGUCAGAGCUCAUUGUCCACCGCCGAAGCCACACGGGCGAGAAGCCCUUCAGCUGUGCUGACUGUGACAAGAGAUUCACACAGCGCUCGAGCCUCAUUAGACACCGCCGAAUCCACACGGGCGAGAAGCCCUUCAGCUGUGCUGACUGUGACAUGAGAUUCACGGAGCACUCAUACCUCAUUGUCCACCGCCGAAUCCACACCAGAGAGAGACCUUUCAGCUGUGCUGACUGCUGCAAGAGUUUCAUUUGCAAGUAUGCCCUCACUCGGCACUGCAGUGUGCACAGCACUGAGAAGUCCUUCAGCUGUGGGGACUGUGGAAGGAGCUUCAAAUGCAGCUCAAAUCUCACCAUCCACCGCCGCACCCACACCAGAGAGCACCUGUACCCCUGUGCAGAGUGCGGCAAAAGCUUCACUACGAGCUCAGAGUUCAUUCAGCACAGACUCAUCCACAGCAGUGAGAAACCCUACAGCUGCCGGGACUGUGGCAAGAGCUUCACCCGCAGCUCUACCCUCGCCAAGCACCGACGUGUCCACAGUGGUGAGAAGCCCUUCACCUGCUCUGACUGUGGCAAGAGCUUCACCCAGAACUCUACCCUCACCCAGCACCGUCGUGUCCACAGUGGUGAGAAGCCCUUCACCUGCUCUGACUGCGGCAAGAGCUUCACCCAGAGCUCUACCCUCACCAAGCACCGUCGUGUCCACAGUGGUGAGAAGCCCUUCACCUGCUCUGACUGCGGCAAGAGCUUCACCCAGAGCUCUACCCUCACCAAGCACCGUCGUGUCCACAGGGGUGAGAAGCCCUUCACCUGCUCUGACUGUGGCAAGAGCUUCACCAGCAGAGGCAGCCUGCAGUGCCACCGCCGAAUCCACACGGGCGAGAAGCCCUUCAGCUGUGCUGACUGUGACAAGAGAUUCAUGAGGCGCUCAAACCUCAUUGUCCACCGCCGCAUCCACACGGGCGAGAAGCCCUUCAGCUGUGCUGACUGUGACAAGAGAUUCACACAGCUCUCACACCUCAUUGCCCACCGCCGAAUCCACACGGGCGAGAAGCCCUUCAGCUGUGCUGACUGUGAGAAGAGAUUCAUGAGGCGCUCAAACCUCAUUGCCCACCGCCGAACCCACACGGGCGAGAAGCCCUUCAGCUGUGCUGACUGUGAGAAGAGAUUCAUAAGGUGCUCAAACCUCAUUGCCCACCGCCGAACCCACACGGGUGAGAAGCCCUUCAGCUGUGCUGACUGUGACAAGAGAUUCACAGGGCGCUCAACCCUCAUUGCCCACCGCCGAACCCACACGGGCGAGAAGCCCUUCAUCUGUGCUGACUGUGACAUGAGAUUCACACAGCUCUCAAACCUCAUUGACCACCGCCGAACCCACACGGGCGAGAAGCCCUUCAGCUGUGCUGACUGCAGCAAGAGUUUCACUCACAACUCACAGUUGAUCCAGCACAGACUCAUCCACAGCGGUGAGAAACCCUACAGCUGCAGGGACUGUGGCAAGACCUUCACCCACAGCUCUGCCCUCACCAAGCACCGUCGUGUCCACAGCAGUGAGAAGCCCUUCAGCUGCUCUGACUGCGUGUGAUGGUUUAGGCUCUUACCUGCCCCCCCCCACACACACUUUCUAUUUUCCCCAGCUAACUCAGAAGGGACUCCAGGAAUAUAAAUGAAGCUAUUUGUUUUACAGCAGCAAAUAUACAGGCAGCUAUUCACAAUAUAUACAGUUAUAUACAGAAAUAUACAAAGGAUAAACAAUACAGAAGCACAACUCCCCUCCCAGAAACCUGAGUCCCCAGGAGGGGUCUCAAACCACCCCAACACCUCCCCUUGCCCUCUCAACCUUACCCCAGUUCUCAGAAAGAAGAGAGGUGCAGCCAAGAGGUUAGGGAGCAAGGUAAGUGGCAGCAAGGUUAAUGAGAUGCAGCUUCGUCAAAGCCCAGAAGCAAAGUGAGAGACAAAAUGGAGAAUGCUAUCAAAUGUUUUCUUCUUCUUCCCAGAACUCUCAGCGUGACUGUGAGAGAAGUUGACAUCACCAUUGUUUUCAUUUUUCACAGCCCAUUAUCUAGUUCUUUUACCAAAACAUUCCAGCUUGCUUCAAACUAGCACACUGCGGCAAGAGCUUCACCUGUAGCUCUGCCCUGACCCAGCACCGUCGUGUCCACAGUGGUGAGAAGCCUUCACCUGCUCUGACUGUGGCAAGAGCUUCACCCGCAGACACACUCUCACUUCCCACCACUGUACCCACACUGGCGACCAAGCCAUGCUGCAGGGCAAGCACAAAUAGUCCCAGCCCGGGUCUGUGGGGGUUAUUGCACCCUCACCCUGAGAAGGCCUUUCCAGCAGAUUGAACCAAAAUCUCCUCUUUUCCAGAUGCAUUUCUCAGAGGCUGGGGGCUCCAGCAGGAACCAACACCUCCUGCCCUGUUGAGCACCAAUCAGUGCUGCUGAGAAUCAUGGCAGUGCUGAGUCAGCACAGCCAGAGCUGCUGUUGGAGCUGGGCUGAGCUGUGCAGGGAUUUGUCUGGUUCUUUCCCCCUAUGCUUUGUGUGUCCCUGGGGUAAAGCCCCUCCUGCCCCGUGCCCAGGUGUGUCAAUAAAAGCCCACAGUGACCCAAA